AGGAACUGUAGCCGGGAGCCGGGCGGUCCGUCUCUGGAAGAAGUGCUGGGCAGCGCGGGGAUGCUUCGUGAGAGCCUCCUUCCCGGUGCUUUGGCGCACUAUGUUAGCUGCUUGGAAAUGGUGAACAAAAGGCUGCCUUGUGGCCUCGCUCAAAUUGGAGUAUGCUUUCACUCUGUUCCAGAAAGUGAACACAACAAAAAACUUAUAAGAAUAGGCGAAAGGACCACGUCUUUGCUUGCAUGGUUUAGUUCUCCCCGAACUGCAGGACAGUGGCUCGAUUACUGGUUACGCCAGAGGCUCCAAUGGUGGAGAAAGUUUGCAGUAGGCCCAUCUAACUUCAGUAGCAGUGACUUUCAGGACGAAGACGGAAGAAGAGGGUUUAAGUUACAGUACAGCUUUCCUUGGGGAACAGAAACAAUAGAAACGUUGAAGAACCUUGGUGAUACCGAACUGUUACAGAUGUAUCCAGGGGAUAGUUCAAAAUUACUUGGCCGAGAUGGAAGAAAGAAUGUUAUUCCUCAUGUUCUGUCCAUGAGUGGAAAUCUGGACCGAGGAGUAUUAGCCUAUCUCUUUGAUUCUCUACAGCUAGCUGAGAAUCCAUUAACAAAAAAGAAAAAUUCACAGAGAAAGGUGCUUAAGCUUCAUCCUUGUUUAGCACCUGUUAAAGUGGCCUUGGAUGUCGGAAAAGGCCCCACGACAGAGCUGAGACAGGUUUGCCAAGGAUUGUUCAAUGAACUGUCAGAAAAUAGAAUUUCUGUGUGGCCGGGUUAUCUUGAAACUGUGCAGGUAUCUUUGGAACAGCUUUUUACAAAGUACGAUGAGAUGAGUGUUCUCUUCAUGGUCUUGAUAACUGAUGCCACUCUAGAGAAUGGAGUGGUCCAGCUGAGAAGCAGAGACACCACCAUGAAGGAAAUGAUGCACAUUUCUAGGCUGAAGGACUUUUUAAUUAAGUAUGUAACGUCAGCCAGAAAUGUGUAAACUUAAAUUUGUUGAAUAAAAGGAGUUUCUUAAACACC